AUGUACCACCUCGCUAAGGGCCUCUACCGGUUGGCCACCAGUAAAGAGGAGUACUCGGUCCUCCUCCUCGGCCUCGACAACGCCGGCAAGACGACCUUCCACGAGCAGGUCAAGUCGAUCUUCCUGCCGGACGGGCCCGCGCCGAACCUGCAGACGGUGCCGACGGUGGGGCAGAACGUGUCGACCAUCGUGCUGCCGGACAUGUACCUGAAGCUGUGGGACGUGGGCGGGCAGCUGUCGCUGCGCAAGCUGUGGCAGAGCUACUACGCCAGCUGCCACGCCAUCGUCUUCAUCAUCGACAGCACCGACAUCGGCGACGGCAGCCUCGAGCACGACUCCACCGGCCGCCUCGAGGAGUGCCGCCUCGUGCUCGAGGACGUGCUGCAGAACAGCGAGGCCGAGGGCGUCCCGCUGCUGAUCCUCGCCAACAAGCAGGACCGCGAGGACUGCGUCGAGGUCGUGCGCAUCAAGGAGGGCCUGGUCAAGCGCGUCUUUGAGGGCGAGAAGUCCGGCGGCAUCCGUGACUCGCGCGUCUUGCCUGUCUCGGCACUGACCGGUACCGGCGUCAAGGAGGCCGUGGACUGGGUGCGGUCGAGGGUGAAGUGGAAUACGGAGAGUCGGCCGCCGCUGAUGAGGUGA